CACUCUCCAGCUUUAAUGGCCACGUCUCAAAGGCAGUAGGGCUGCAGGAGCAGAGCUGUUGGAGGCUGUUCUAACGGCUGUGCCCGGAGUUGAGCGGAGUCCCAGCAGCGCUUCUCCUCGCUUUCUCAGCGCUUUGGUAGAAUGCUGCGUUACCGUGUGCCCACGCCUGCCGUGGUGACCCUGCUGCUUCUGCAGGUCAUUGCCAUGGUGCUGUUUGUGAGCUGGUACGGCCGCAUCGGGCAGCAGGACUCGCCCCCAUCUCAGAGGAAGGUGCAUGUUCUCCUGCUGUCGUCAUGGCGAUCAGGCUCCUCCUUCCUGGGCCAGGUGUUCAGCCAGCACCCCUCGGUUUUUUACCUGAUGGAGCCGGCGUGGCACGUGUGGACUGUUCUGCGGCGGCCUGGCGCGCGUGGGCUGCGGAUGGCGGUCAGAGAUCUGGUGCGCAGCGUAUUUCACUGUGACCUCUCCGUGAUGGACGCCUACAUGCCCCCCAACUACAACGUUUCUCAGGUGUUCAUGUGGAGCCACAGCAGAGCGCUCUGCUCACCCCCAGCCUGCCCACUGACGCCGCGGGACCAGAUCAGCGAGGAGCCGAAGUGUAAACUACAUUGUGACACAAUGGGGCUGCAGCGGGCUGAGGAGGCGUGUCACUCCUACAGCCACGUGGUGCUCAAGGAGGUGCGCUUCUUUGAGCUGGAAUCCCUCUAUCCGCUGCUGAGGGACCCCUCGCUGGACCUGAGGAUCAUCCACCUGGUGCGAGAUCCCCGGGCUGUCAUGAACUCACGAGACCAGGCUAUAAAGGCUCUGGUGCAGGACAGUGCCCUGGUUCUGGAGCAGGAGGGCAACAUGCCACCUGACGGCCAGCUGAGGGUGAUGCAGGAAAUCUGCCGCAGCCACGUGAGAAUUCACGAGACCGGAAACCUGAAACCACCCGAUUUCCUCAGAGGACGGUACAGGCUGGUCCGGUACGAGGACCUGGUCAGGGACCCGCUGACCGCGAUCAAAAACAUAUACGACUUUGUGGGGCUGGAGAUGACCGAGAACUUAGAAAUGUGGAUUUACCGCAUUACGCAUGGGACAGGCAAAGGAACCAGGAAAGAUGCGUUUAAAAUUACUUCACGGAACGCCGAGGACGUUUCCUUGGCCUGGAGAACUUCCUUACCGUACACCAAGGUCAAACAAAUACAGGAGGUAUGCAAAGGAGCCAUGACCCUGCUGGGCUAUCAUCUAGUGGAGAGUGAAACAGAACAGAAGCAGCUGGAUUUGGACCUGACGGCGCGGAGACAGCACCACCAGUUCACCUGGAAGGUUCCCUCAAAAUCUACUGGCUCUGCUAAAGCAGGAUAACGCUCGCCCAAACGGGAUCAAACCUCUAAGGACAAAUAGUCUCCAAAGUGGCCAGGAGACGCCUGUGAACACACUGUUACGAACAAGACUGGAUUUUAGCCCUAUUUUUAUCAAAUAAAAAAAAAAGAAUGCAGAUAUAUUUACACACACUCACACUCACUCACACACACUCACUCACACACACACACAUGUAUGGUUCAGCCCUCCUCUAACUCCUAACUGAAUAAAUAUUUAUUGAAAGUUAGUUUAACAGGCCCUCAGAUUUUUGUUUGGGCAAAGUUGGAUCAUUUAGAGAGUUUAGGAAUAUCUGACGAAUGUAAAAUAUGUAAUUUAUUUUUGAGCUCUUUUAUUUUGAAGAUCUUUUAUUUUGAAGUCUGCUUUAGGAGCCAAUGUGCCUCAGAUCACCCCAUAUAUUAUAAAAAAUGUUUCCAAUUUACAGAUUUGCUUAAAACUUUCAGGGCGUAAUGUGACUGUGCUCAUUAGACAGUGUGCAGAAUUUCAGGCACAUGUCUUCUUUAGUUUCUCAGAUAUGGAAUCAGACAUGGACUUCAUUUUGCCUUCAAAUGAAUGAUAUAAAAAAGUAAAAAGGUACAAACUUUGACAGAAGAUACAGACAUCACUGUUUACCAUUUUAUACCUUAUUGUAAAUGUGGAGUUUGAAUUUGAGUCACAAAGAAUAUGAAAAUUGCAGACGUGCUACGUUGUGUACAAAUACAGGCCUGUUAUGACAUUCAGAUCUCCAGCGCGGGGCUGGAGAUGAAGUGUGUUUUAUAGCACACCAUAAAAUAACUGCAGCAGCUGGUUUAUAUGAUCUAAACAUCUUCUUCUAAACAGGGUUCUUUAGUAAAGACAGUGUUUCUGUAUAGAACUGUGAACACUUAAAGAACCCUUUCCGUACCUAAAUGGCUCUCUGCAUGGUGAAUAGUUCUUUAGAUUGGUGGACAAUGUGCUGUAGAUGGUUCUAUACAAAUCCUUUCCUUUGGAAAUUGUUCUAUAUAGCACAAAAGAGUUCUGCUAUUGUUACAAGCUUGAUAUACAGAACCAUUUACAACACAUUCUCCAUCAGUCUGAAGAACCGUUUCACCAUGCAGAGAAACAUUCAAGCAUGCGAAUUGUUCUUCGUGUGUUCAUGGUUCUUCAUAGAAGUAUUGUCUUUAGAGAACCAUCAUUUUUUAGAGUGUAUUAGGUACUAAAAUUCCAGUUGUGAUAUCAAAUCCAUAUUUGGUGCAGUUGUUUAUUAAAACGUGCUGUUUCCAGUGGCGGCGAUGACUUUAUGAUAGAUGUGUGUAAUGUGCCUUUGAUUUGUAGCUGUUUAAAGAUGCAGUUGUUUGAAAUUUUGCUGGCUCAUUAAUCAGCUUGUAUUAUUUCAUCACUAACAUCUAAUUGCCAUCGGAAUGUUGUGAUAUAAGUAAUAAAUACCAAAAUCUGAA